AUGUAUUCAUACUUAGCUGCUGCAAUUAUUGCAAUUCUUAGUUACGCUUUCUACAAAUGUUACAUUUAUCCUUUAUAUUUGUCUCCUUUACGUAAAAUUCCCGGUCCCCCCGUUGACAAUGUUAUCCUUGGACAUUAUGCUUCAUUUUUAAAUAAAGAUCAAGGUGAAGCUCUUGCCUACUUAUCACAAAAAUAUGGUGGGAUGGUUAAGUAUCAUGGUUUAUGGAAUGAACCAAACAUAGUAAUUUCCGACCCACAACUUGUCCAACAAGUAAUGGUGACUCGUUCAUAUGAAUAUCCAAAGCUCUUCUUAAACAAAAAAUUUGCUAAAGAAUUUUUUGGUGGUGAAGGUAUCUUACUUGCUGAAGGAGAUUCUCAUAAACGACAAAGAAAAAUGAUGAAUCCUUCAUUUGCUUUUGCAAAUGUUAAGAAAGAGGAAAGAAUUACAAUUACAGCACUAAUUCCAAAGAUAACUUUAGAUGUUAUUGGUCUUGUUGGGUUUAAUUACGAAUUCAAUUCUACUUCUUCAGGAUCUGAAUUGGCUUAUGCAUACAAAACAAUAAUUGGUCGUGAUCCUUCACCUCUAUACAUGGCUAUUGUUAAUCACUUUCCAGUUAUAAGACAAUUACCAACUGAUUAUAAUAGACAAUAUUAUGACUCUAUUAAAAUUAUCAGUAAUAUUUCAGAAAGACUGGUUGCUGACCAAAAAAAUAGCCUUGUUCAAGAAACUAAUUUAUUGUCUUUGUUAAUAAAAGCAAAUAAUAACUUGCCUGUUGAUGAACAAUUAACACAUCAAGAAUUAAUUAGUCAGGUUAUGACAUUGCUCAUAGCUGGUCAUGAGACCACUAGUGGUACACUUUCUUUUGCUCUAUACUUUCUCGCAAAAAAUCCCGAUGUUCAGGAUAGUCUUCGUAAAGAAGUGCUUGAUGUAUUAACCGAUCGUAAUCAUUAUCCAACUCUUGAUGAGAUUGAACGUUUAAAGUAUUUAGAAUGUGUCUUUAAGGAAACUUUGAGAAUCAUUCCACCUGAUGAAAUAAUGAAUGGUUACUUUAUUCCAAAGAAAACUCCAUUAUGGAUUCCUAUCUACGCAAUUCAUCAUGAUCCUUUAGUUUGGGGUGAAGAUGCAGAAUAUUUUAACCCAUCUCGAUGGCUUAAUCCGGAAAUAAAAUCAAAAGUAACAAAUAAUACUUUCUUACCUUUUGGUGCUGGUCCAAAAAAUUGUUUAGGAAUGAAAAUGGCACAUUUAGAAUUUAAAUCUAUUUUAGCAGUACUUAUUAGAAAUUUUGAAUUUAAAUUAGUUGAAGGUUUUACUUUUAAAAAGAAACUUACUGGAUUAUCUAAACCUAUUCCUGGUCUUGAUUUAUGGGUCUCAAAAUUGGAUUAUUAA